GCUUGGCCGAGUUCGAACGCGCCUGUUUGAUCGCAAAACCUCGAGACCACCUGUUUUGGGCUGCGUUUAUAGUGCAAGAGUUGCGCGGUCGAGUAGCGAAUCCUGCCAUCCUCCCCGACACGUCCUUCUCUCUUUCUCUCUCCCCCCAAAGCCGCCCCUCUUUCAGCCCCAUACCAGUCGUUUUUGUGGUGCAUCUUCGUGUGGUGUUGUUGGCGGGCUUUUCGAACGUCCCGGGUUUUUUUUUUUGCGAGGUGUGUAGGGUGGUGCGUGUGAGUGUUGCGGCGUCACAGUUCCAGGUUUACGUUACGUGUGCACGUGUGCGCGGGCACGUGUUGAGGGGUUCCGAAUCUCCGGAACUAGCUGUUUCAACCGGCACCAAGGCGAGUGCGUGACGGACCGUACCGAGCCGGUGGGUGGAUUCGACGUCAUUUGCGGAGUGCCAUCAACACCCCGUCCCCCGUCCCCGUCCAGUGCCUUUCGUUUCUCUCCCUGCCUCCCCUGUGUACCCUUCUCCGGUUCUCCGGUGAACUCCAACGAGCAAGGACGCCACCGGGAAGCUAACCGGAGCCAGGCCAGACGCCGUAGGCGGCUUCGAGACGCAACGAUGCAGCCCACCAAAACGCUGACGCUGGCCCUGCUGGCAGUCCUGUUAAUCGCGAGUAUCCGGGCAGCUCCCCAGGCUGACGAUCAGGCGAAGGCGAACAGGAACAGCUUGCUAUUGCGGCGAGGUAACGUUGGGCGACCUCUUGGCCGAACCACACCGACCACAACGACCAGCACUACGGCUUCUCCUGACUACGCUGAGGAUGAGUACGCGGACAGCUACGAUGAGGGUAAGGGCGAGGACGGAGCUGACGAUGGUGCAGAAGAAGGCGCUGGAGCUGGAGGCAAGCAACCAACAACGACGACAACUACGACUGAACCACCGAAGAAGAUCCGGCCCAGUAUUCGUCCUUUCCGCAGUAACGAUGAUCUGCUGACAGCGCUCAAGAAGCGGCGUCAGGAGUCGAAGAACAGCAAACCUGCCAUCGCCCCACCGAAGGAGAAGACGUACGACGACGAGGACGUGCCGGCGCCCGCCGCUCCCCCCGCCAAACCCGCGAAGGCUCCCGCAAUCGCACCGAACAAGCGGCGGUUCGGCAGUGGCACGGCCCGUAAGGACGACCACGCAGCGGACUCCUCCAACGAUGGACACAACGGUGAUGGCCAGGGCAACGAAGGUGGCAGCAGCAAUGGCGCCAAGUCCUUGAUCGGUCGUUUAGGCCGGUCUCGAUUCGCGUUGAAGCAGUGAGCUGGAAAGGGUCCUUGAAGGACCCUGGGAGUAACAGGGGAACGAGAGGUGAGACGAGCUUCCGCCCAGCGCAUUUUGAAGAGCGUUAGCCAGGGCACGAGAGAACAGAGAGAGAGAGAGAAAGAGAGAGAAAUAGCGAGGGGGGAUAUUGAAGAAAGAGAUAAAGUGAGAGCGAGGGUUAGAGAUAGGAGUUCAGAGAAGAUCGGUUUGUGAAGGUGCUGAUAGUUUCACAGCGGCCGGGAAAGGUGGGAGGAGGGUGAUCGUGAUCCUUUCCUGUUUCUCACUUCCACACCCACAAUCACACACUUACCCACACUACCCAACCGCGCGUAAAAAGUAUGUACCAAUAAAAAUUCGCCCGCCAAUUCGCUCUUCCUUUCGGUAGCAAUAUUAAAUGUAACGCCCACGUACACA